AUGCUCAUAUCGUGCUGCGAGAUGCGGAAUGUCCACUACCAAAGCCGAGUGAGACGGAGAGCUGUGGAGCUGUUGAGUGUCCUGCUAGCUGGAUUACUGGUGAAUGGACAGAAUGUUCUGCAUCGUGUGGUUCUGGAGAGCAGAAACGAACUGUGGUAUGUGAAGGACGAGAUGCCUCGCGGUCGACGAGAACGACGUCCCGAAAAGGAAUGCGGUAGCGCCGGAAAGCCGCCUGCUGUGCAGAUGUGUAGUCUAGGAAACUGCGGCAAACCUCAGCUGCUGACGAAUCGUGUUUUUGAGCAGAACGCCUCCGAGAAGAAGCUCACAUUAGGUAUUGGUGGAGUAGCAACGCUCUAUCAAGGGACCAGCAUCAAGAUCAAAUGUCCCAGGAAGAAUUUCGACAAAAAGAAGAUCUAUUGGACAAAAAAUGGAAAGCGAAUCAGGAACGACGGUAUCAAAGUGUCGGUGCGAAUGGGUAAUCUUUUGUCUGUUAACGUCGAUGAAGACGCCGGUGUGUACGAAUGUUAUACGGAUUCAUUGCAAGGAAACGUCACGCUUCGGUUCAAAUAUCGCGACGAUGACAAGCCUAAUCGUCUACGUCCAUCUCAACUUCAUAAAGGUCACAAAGGAAAGAACAAGAAUGCAUCGCUUUUUGAG